AUGGACGUCGCACUCGAACUCUUUGACCCCCUCGUUUUCGACAAGGUGUACGCCUGGGCAUUGCCGCACCCUGGAACCGGCUUUGGCAAUUCCUCAGAUGUGCACAAUCUCCUGGCCGCGGAUGCCGCGCCCGUGUCUCUCUGGGAUCGCGACAACAUCUACCGUCAGAUGAUAUCGAUUCUCCUUGUCACACAAUUCGGUGCCACCACUCUCUACUUCGUGUUCAGCGCAUUGUCGUACUACCUUAUCUUUGAUCGUCGCCUCGAGUACCACCCCAGGUUCCUGAAGAACCAAGUGCGCCAAGAAAUUUGUUCAUCCUUAACGGCUGUCCCAUUCAUCAACAUCUUGACUCUACCCUGGUUUCUGGCUGAGGUUCGCGGUCACAGCUUGUUGUACGGCGAUGUCCAAAGUUAUGGCUGGACCUGGCUCGCCAUUUCGUCGAUCCUUUACAUGGCCUUCAACGACGUUGCUAUCUACUGGAUCCACCGCCUAGAGCACCACCCGAGUGUAUACAAAUACAUCCACAAGCCGCACCACAAAUGGAUUGUUCCUACACCAUGGGCCGCAUUGGCUUUCCAUCCUCUUGACGGAUACGUGCAGUCGUUGCCGUACCACGCUUUCGUCUUCAUCUGUCCCAUGAAUAGAUACCUCUACAUGGUGCUCUUCGUCGCCGUACAGAUCUGGACAAUCUUCAUCCAUGAUGGGGACAUGAUCUCCGGUCACUGGACUGAGAAGUUUAUCAACAGUCCCGCUCAUCACACACUACAUCAUAUGUAUUUCACUGUCAACUACGGACAGUACUUCACCUGGUGCGACAACUAUUUUGACUCACACAGGGCACCAAGGCCUGAGCUCGACCCUAUCCACGAUGCUCUCAAGGUCAUGAGGGCGAAAGGCCUUGUGGAUGAGGCCGGCAAUCCAACCGUCAAGCCGAAAAAUGAGUAA